AUGCCGUUCGCCGCUAGAGACUCGCUGCAGCAGCAGGAGCACAUAGACAUGGAUCCGGAAUACAUCGACAACUUUGCCGCUGCCAUGCUCCUGUCAAUGUCAAUUGACAAUGGUGACAAGAGUAGCGACGACAGCGACAGUCAAUCUCCCCUCCCCCCCCACCCCCCGCAUCUCGUCAUCAGCAGUAGCACGUGGACAUGGAUCCGGACGGAUUACAUCAACGACGACUUUGUCGCUGCCAUGCUCAUCUCAAUGUCAAUUGACAAUGGUGACGAGAGUAGCGAUGACGGCGACAGUCAAUCUCCCACGACGAGUCAAUCUCCCACGACGAGUCAAUCUCCCACAACAAGUUCAGCGCACCCGUACGAUGAGAACGACCUCGCCAGAGACGAGGACCGGCUGAAAAACCCCUCCACCGUUCUCAACCGCGGCGGAUCCUUCUGUUGUCCUUUCUGUCCGGAGCCCACGUACCAGCGGUACAGCCUUGACGAGAUCAAGGCACACGCGGAAGAACAGUCAAUCGCCGGGUGUUCCUCCGCAGAUCCCAAUGGCACGAGGGAAGGGGCCAAGGAGAGUCGUCAGCACAAGCUGCUGUUGGAUCGGCUGUCGCAGCUGGAUCUACAGCCGGGGGAGGGGGAGGGGGAUCUACAGCCGGGGGAGGGGGAGCCUGUUGGGACUGUAAGCGCCGCCCGGCCUCUACUGUCACCGGCAGUUGUCGAGCACCAGUGCGCCUCAGAAAAAUGCCUCUGUACAAUUCACACUGUCCCUCCCUUCCCCUCUCCCCCCCUCUCUGCCCUCUCCCCCCCUCUCUGCCCUCUCCCCCCCUCUCUGCCCUCUCCCCCCCUCUCUGCCCUCUCCUCCCCUCUCUGCCCUCUCCUCCCCUCUCUGCCCUCUCUCCCCUCUCUGCCCUCUCUGCCCUCUCUGCCCUCUCUCCCCUCUCUGCCCUCUCUCCCCUCUCUGCCCUCUCUCCCCUCUCUGCCCUCUCUCCCCUCUCUGCCCUCUCUCCCCUCUCUGCCCUCUCUCCCCUCUCUGCCCUCUCCCCCCUCUCCUCCCCUCUCUUCCCCGGUCCUCCCCUCUCCGGCCCACUCGUCUCCUCAGUUGCCAGAAGCGACCAAACAGGAAGCGAUGAAGCUGGUGCCGUCGGGGGGGAAAAAGCGGGUGAAGGCGGGGGAAAAGGCGGCAUGUCCUCCCCAGGAGCAGGAGCAGGAGCGGGGGGGUAAGCGGGAGAAGCAGGAGCAGGAGGGGGAGGAAAAGGAGCGGCAGGAGCAGGAGGAGAAGGAGCGGCAGGAGCGGGAGGAGAAGGAGUGGCAGUUGAUGCGACGUUUGAGAUUUUUCAAAAGUCGCACCAAGAAUUCUCAAAAGUCGCACGAGGAUAACGGGGACCAUGAACGGGAGGAGAAGCAGGAGCAGGAGGGGGAGGAAAAGGAGCGGCAGGAGCGGGAGGAGAAGGAGCGGCAGGAGCGGGCGGAGAAGGAGCGGCAGGAGCGGGAGGAGAAGGAGCGGCAGUUGAUGCGACGUAGUUUUUUCAAAAGUCGCACCAAGAAUUCUCAAAAGUCGCACGAGGAUAACGGGGACCAUGAACGGGAGGAGAAGCAGGAGCAGGAGGGGGAGGAAAAGGAGCGGCAGGAGCGGGAGGAGAAGGAGCGGCAGGAGCGGGCGGAGAAGGAGCGGCAGGAGCGGGAGGAGAAGGAGCGGCAGUUGAUGCGACGUAGUUUUUUCAAAAGUCGCACCAAGAAUUCUCAAAAGUCGCACGAGGAUAACGGGGACCAUGAACGGGAGGAGAAGCAGGAGCAGGAGGGGGAGGAAAAGGAGCGGCAGGAGCGGGAGGAGAAGGAGCGGCAGGAGCGGGCGGAGAAGGAGCGGCAGGAGCGGGAGGAGAAGGAGCAGCAGGAGCGAGAGGAGAAGGAGCGGCAGGAGCGGGAGGAGGAGCAGCGCCUGUCGGAUCGUGUAAAGAAUGUUAACGAGAAGUAG